AUGCAUUGCUUUUUUGCUGAGCUGGAGCCGUCUAUUCCCGUCAAGGAACAAAACCUGGCAGACCGAGUUCGGUACAUCAUGCGCUCGAAAAUAUUCGAUGAUGCCGAGCUCGAACGACUACGACGUGAGGCCAUUCCCUCGUCGAAUGAAUUGGCUACGGCUGGGGAUGAGGCUCCUCAGGCGACAGACCAGCUGCCACGCGUAGAAGCCGCCAUGGAUCUUCCAGUUGUGGGUGAUUCAGACGAUGAUGAAAUGGUCUCCCACGAACUAGAGCAAAUGAGGAGUAUAUUGGAAGAGGCGAUUUUGGAAACGCGCAGCAUGCCUCUCGAAAAUCGACCGCGGCUUCUCCGCAUACCCCUAAGCAAGCGAAAUCGGGCUGUCGUGAGGGCUCUUAACCCAAUGCUGGUAACCUAUUUGGAAGCCAACCGGGACUUUUGCGAGACGGACUCAGUUCUUUUUGGCGCCGCAGUGGCAGCUUGCCGUAUUAUUGGCGCCAAACUUCCCAUGGCUGGACGCGCUACUAAACAAAGUAGCGCCAUCCCAGCCUGGAGAAAAAGAAUUGAGGACCGUAUCGCAAAGGCAGGGGCCCUUAUCGGCAGACUGAUAAGCUUCAGGUCGGGUAAUAAUAGACCGAGGGUUGUGCGCACAGUUAGAAUGGCGUUUGCUGGGACAAAUAUCAGUUUGUCCCAGCCGGAUAUCACGCAGAAACUAACGGAGCGCAUAGACGACCUGAAGCAAAAGAUUGCUGCUUGGGGGAAGCGGAUUCGCCGAUUUACCGAGAGGUCAAGGCGGUUCAACCAGAAUCGUCUCUUCCAGAGCGAUCAGAAGAGGCUCUACAAAUCAUUGGAGCGACCAGAGAUAUGUGAAGCGGGCCCAGGACCGGAUCAGGCUAACACUGUCGCAUUUUGGCGUGGCCUGUGGUCAGAGCCGGUAAACCACAGCGAGGGCCCUUGGACGGAAGUUGUGGCGAGUCAGUGUGCAAGUAUUACGCCCAUGGACCCCGUCAUCAUAACGCCGGAUGACGUAGCUGAGGCGGUCCGUAGAGCCCCGAACUGGAAAAGUCCGGGACUCGACGGACUGCAUCACUACUGGCUGAAGGGGUUCAUGGUGUUACACACUGUGCCACACGCUGUGCUCGCCCGUCAGUUUCAAGAGGCUCUCAACCAGAAGUCGCUCCCUAGCCUCUUCACUAUUGUAGAAAAGGAGGAGAAGCGGACGUGGUUGUUGGAUAUUGGCAUUCCAAACUCGCAUAAUGUGCAGAAGUACAGCACUGAAAAGUUGACUAAGUACCAGCGGUUAGCUGAAGAAAUCCGACAGUUAAGGCGGCAGCAGCAGGUACUUAUCGUCCCGCUGAUUCUCUCUACCACGGGAGUUGUUCCUAAAUCCCUUACUGACAAUUUAGCUAAGCUCGGCAUCUAG